UGCCUACCCAGCCAAGCGCGUCUCCGCUGCAAAACUCCACCUAACAACACUGCAAUGCAAUCUCCUCCUCCAGGCGAGGCGGGGAGCCACAGCACUGAGGCAGGAAAAGGUUGGGAAUUCAUUUAGUUCUUUCCCACCUCCUUGUGCAAAGGAAGCGAUGAAAUUUCCAAUCGAGACGCCACGGAAACAGGUGAACUGGGAUCCUCAAGUGACUGUUCCGUCAGCUGUUCCGUCAGCUGUUCCCUCAGCGUGUGAGCCUGAGACCAAUAAGACUAACGGGCACCAGUCGGCACCACGACUCUCUGUUUCCUCCCCCCGGACAACUGUGAUUGCCAGCAUGGAAACCCCCUCACAGGGUUUGCAGACAGUUAUGAAGUGGAAAACAGUGGUCGCCAUCUUCUUUGUGGUUGUUGCCUACCUGGUUACUGGAGGCCUGGUGUUCCGAGCCCUGGAGCAGCCAGAAGAAAGCAGCCAGAAGAGCAGAAUAGCCAAUGACAAGGCAGAAUUCCUUCUGGAGCACAACUGUGUAUCCCAACAGGAUCUGGAAGCAUUGAUUAAGCGGGUCAUUAAUGCUUCUAGUGCAGGAGUCAAUCCUGUAGGAGACUCUUCCAACAGCAGUAGCCGCUGGGACCUCGGAAGUGCCUUUUUCUUCGCUGGAACAGUCAUCACAACUAUAGGGUAUGGAAACAUUGCCCCAAGUACAGAAGGUGGAAAAAUUUUCUGUAUUUUGUACGCCAUCUUUGGGAUUCCACUCUUUGGCUUUCUGCUAGCCGGCAUUGGAGACCAACUCGGCACCAUCUUUGGGAAGGGCAUCGCACGAGUGGAAAAGGUUUUUCGAAAGAAACAAGUGAGCCAGACAAAGAUCCGGGUGAUCUCCACCAUUCUCUUCAUCCUGGCUGGUUGUAUUCUUUUCGUCACCAUUCCAGCAGUCAGUUUCAUAUAUAUUGAAGAAUGGUCAGUUCUGGAUUCCUUUUACUUUGUGGUCAUCACCCUGACCACAGUUGGCUUUGGCGAUUUUGUGGCAGGAGGAAAUGCUGACAUCCCUUACCGUGAGAUGUACAAGCCCUUGGUCUGGUUCUGGAUCCUGAUUGGCCUUGUAUACUUUGCUGCUGUCCUCAGUAUGAUUGGAGAUUGGCUACGGGUUCUUUCAAAGAAGACUAAGGAAGAGGUUGGGGAAAUCAAAGCCCAUGCAGCUGAAUGGAAAGCCAACGUGACUGCUGAGUUCAGAGAAACCCGGAGAAGGCUCAGUGUGGAAAUCCAUGAUAAGCUACAGAGGGCGGCCACCAUUCGGAGCAUGGAGCGGAGGCGUCUAGGGCUGGACCAAAGAGCCCACUCACUGGAUAUGCUCUCACCAGAAAAGCGUUGUGUCUUUGCUGCCUUGGACAGUGGCCACUUUAAAGCUUCAUCUCAGGAAAGCAUCAACAACAAGCCUAACAACUUGCGCCUUAAAGGGACAGAGCAGCUGAGCAAGCAUGGGCAGGGGGCAUCAGAGGACAACAUCAUCAACAAGUUUGGCUCUUCAUCCAAGCUGACCAAGAGGAAAAACAAAGACCUGAAAAAAAGCAUCCCAGAAGAUGUACGGAAAAUUUAUGAAACCUUCCGGAACUACUCCUUGGAUGAAGAGAAGAAGGAGGAGGAUUCUGAGAAAGAGUGUUACUCGGACCAUUCUAGUACGGCUGUUCUCACCAACUUUAUUGAGCAACACAUGGACCUGGAGAAUGGAACAAUCCCCAAUGAAACCAAAGAAAGGGAACAUGAAAACAAAUCAUUACUUGAAGACAGGAAUUAAAUGUAAAAAAACAAAAACCCAGAGUUAUUGACUUUAAUGAACCGAUGUUAGUCUUUUCUAUAUGUUCAAGAUAUAUAUAUAUAGAUAGAUAGAUAGAUAUAUGUAUCAAGACACGUGCCUUAUACAGACUCCUAAUUCAGUCUGAAUUACAUAGCAUCCUAGAAUAUUUCACUGUGCCAUAAUGACUGAAGCUUGCUCUGCCAAAAGAAAUCACAAAUAAAACACUGGAGAUUGGAAUCCGAAUGCGACAUACUGAAAAUAUCAGCCUACAUAUAUUUACCAUGGAGAAACUCAAAUGCCAUGGUAAUACAGCUGGAAAAAUGAACACCAUGGCAGGAAUGUAUGAGAGCAAAAACAACCAUCUUAGAAGAGCAUUUUAAGAAGCAAGGAUAUAAGGCGUGUAUCUUUUCAACGGAUCACAAGUUCCUUGCUCCAUUCAUAAAUUCUUUGAAUUCCUUUUUCUAAAAAGGCAGAAUAAUGGGGCGAACUUUCAAGUUUAAAAUAAGGCAGUGUAUUUAUGGUUUGGCAUAGGAUCCAGAUGUGAUUGUUCCCCCAUUUUGUAUUAAAAAAUAUAAAACCAGAUGCAUUUGCUUUCUAUAAUCCAAAAAAGAAUGCCUACGCACAAGGAGGCUACCUGGAUGGUGGUUGAUACAUCAACAAAGACAGAACAGAAUGCUUUUUCCAGGGAGAAAACACACACACAAAAACAACAUAUUGUGAAUAAUGAUCAUACCAAAUGAAAAUUUAAAAGGGGGGGAUAACCCCUACCCUUGGAAGAAAUACCCAUGAUAUACUAAAAAUACACUGAAAAACUUCAAACUGCAGAAUCUGCAUUAUUUAAGGGAGGAAAAAUAUCAUAACCUUGUGCUUGGUUCAAUAAGCAGUGAGCCACCUUUUAAAAAUUUGUUUGUGUUCACACUUUGUAUCACUGAAGGAGCUUCAGUUUUAAUGCUGUAAUACUAUGAAGACAGAAAGCGAAGCCUUUGCAUGAUGUCAACCAUUUGCUAUUCUCUGUAGCAGAAUUUGAAUUUUUCAAAAUAGACAUAAGUGCAUAUACCAUGUUAAGAUGAGGGGCGGGGCAACUUUCAAAUCUCAGGGCUCUGUGUCCCUAUUGGGGGUUUAGGGUUUAGGUAAGAGAUACAAACAGCUCCCCAAAAUUCCAUAAGGAUUAUGAAGAAGGUGAUGAUAAAAUGUGAUGGAAAUAUUUUAAGUGCUUAUAGCUUUAAGUGCCAUUAAUACCAUCAUAUUGUGCAAAUGUUUAAUCACAUACUUUGCUGAAUAUGUUUUCAUUUUUUCUCCUGUUCACUCUAGUCUUCCUUCCUUCCUUCCUUCCUUCCUUCCUUCCUUCCUUCCAAGUUCCUUCUUAAACAAAUUAUAUUUUUGUUUCAAAGCAAAAACAAACAAGCAACAAAUAUUUACACAUUUUUAUUCAUUGUCAUAUUCUGGAUAAGCAGAUAUGGAAAGCACAAAUUGCUUCAGACUUCGAAAUGAAUGUUAAACUAAGAGGAUGUGAGAAAAUUAAUUAAUGGGAAUGACAAACGA